UAGUCCGUUUGCCCCUCGUGGGGACUCGUGACAAGCGUCUCCCUAGCAACAGCAGUCAGGCGUUUAGCUAGCUCAACAAGCAAGCUAAAUGUAUCUUCGAAAACAGGAGCCGCUUCAGACAUCUUGUGACAUUUAAAUUGCAAUAACUGAAACUGGAAUGGCCACCGGUAACCCAUCGGUGUUUCUUCUGUCGGUGAACGGACAGAUUGAGGGAGCUAAUUUUCCGUGUUAUGACAACUUAUACUGCAAAUACUGCUACGUUUAUGGCCAGGACUGGAUUCCUACCACGGGUUUGGAGGAGGGUAUCACCCAAAUAACAUGUAAAGGCAGCCAGGCGUCACACAGAUUGAUAUGGAACUUCCCAUUGGACAUCACCUUUAAGAGCACAAACCCCUCAGGAUGGCCUCAGCUGGUGCUGAGUGUGUAUGGACCAGACGUGUUCGGGAACGAUGUGGUCAGAGGCUACGGGGCAACGCACAUCCCGCUUGCAUCCGGACAACAUGCACGGACCAUUCCCAUGUUUGUUCCUGAACCCACAUGGAGACUUCAGAAGUUCACCAGCUGGCUGAUGGGACGUCGACCCGAGUACACCGACCCUAAAGUGGUAGCCCAAGGUGAAGGGAGAGAAGUGACGCGGGUUUGCUCCCAAGGGUUUGUGACGGUGUGCUUUAACAUCAUGAUGAAAGACUUGAGGAAACUUGGCUACGACUCCGGACCGUCAAAUCCACAAUCUCACAGCGCCACAUCCAGCUGGUCCACAGAGAAGCCGCCAAACUCGUGAUCAUAUUUUCUAGAGCAUGUUCACUGCAAUGCCAGGAAAGAACAUAGUUGUCUUAUAUUUUAUGCUGCAAACGUUUUUUUAAACCAUUUUUUAUAUUUUUACAUUAACCUUACAUUGAUCUUGUUUGGGUGUUUUUUACGUCUACCCGUGUGUUUUAGUGAGAGGUAUCUGAUAUCGACCAAUAUUGGCGUUGACGAGAUCGGUCAUAUUGGUAUUGGCGCGCGUGCCUUCACUGGCUACACCUGCUAGCUCAGUUAGCAUGUACACGCUGCGGAAUUAUUUCAAAAUCUCGCUUUUGGAACACCAAUAGACUCAAGCGAGGGUCAUAAGAUGUCCGCUAAAGUUGAGCGAUGAAGGUCGACAGGGACGUUUUAUUAGUCUUCUCACUACAAAGCAGCACGCUUCCGGCCUUCACAAUAAAAGCAUGUAUACAAAAAAUAGCUCCAACUUCAAAUGAAGCGCUGGUUAUGCGGGGUGUAAGGCGAAUUCCUUGAAUGGGUCAUUUUAAUUACUUGAGGCAAACUUAUACGGAAAUACGGAAUCUUUUGUACAAUAUACGUUGCAUAGUGUAGUACUUAUUUUGAUAGAUCUGCUGCCUGUACCGAGCAUUCGCAAUAUGCAUACCACUGAUUUAGUUUCCGAUUCAAUAAGAAUAUUCAAUGUCACACAUUGUUCCGUUCAUGAUCGGUCAUUUUUAAUAUAUUUUGAUUUAAGAAGUGAUUUUAAGAGCAUGAAACGCUGGUAUCGGCGGUAUUGAUAUUAUCAAGCCGCACAUCACUUUGUUAAAAAAAAAAAAGCCAGGGACAAGUGUUAGAGAGCUGAAGUGAUAUACAUUUUAUUUUGAACCAAUGCAGCUACGCUUGUCCUCAUCCAACAUGGUGCGGCCUGCUGCCUCCUUUGUUUUAAAUGCUGUUAAAUUCCACGGUGACCUUUCCUACAAAAAGCCAUUGAGACACUGAAAAGUAAGGUCAACAGAAGAACGGUAUGUUACAAUAGUACACAUGAUAAAUUAUAUUAUACAGUUAUAAUGCCGACAGAUUGAGCACGUAUCCGACAAAAGCAGCCUGCCCCAGAACUACAGAAGGUAACUAGACGAGACACGAAGACAAAAAAGGUGGCUAUUAAUGCAUAUAAAGACAAGAGCGUCUGCAGGGUGGGUUAGUCCUCUUGAUAAAAAGCAUAGUAAAUACAUAGUGAGGAGCUCGCCACACUCGGGCCACAUUCUUCACUGCCCUGCUGCGAGCCUGUCAGAAAAAGUGGUCAUUUGCAGUGUCAUUCUUUAAAUCCACCCCCCCCCCCCCCCCACACACACACACACACACUUUCAUAUUUCCCGACUCAGGCGGCAGUGAAACCAAGGCGAGUCAGAAAGCAUCACUAGUAGCAGUACGAUAAUCAUGACUAUCAGCAAAUCGAACUUUGCCAAACACAUCAGGCGUUAUCUAUUUUUUGUUUGCAUAUAUUUUUGUUUCGUUUGUACGUAUUGCAUUCAUCCAUUCUCAACCAAGCGUUUUUAUAAAAGAAAUCACCCAAUCUGCCUCAUCCGCUUCAUGUACUAUUGAAGCUGCCCCUCCUUUGGCCUGAGAGAAAUAAAGGUCUGCAAUUAAAUGAAGGAUGAAGGGUCCUCGCACAGCAAAUCAGACUGGGGGGCAAGGGGGGCUGUAAAAACAUUGGCAGUGAUAGACAAGUAAAGAGACAAGACAAAUUCAUCUCUUACUAGACACUCAGCUUUUCUACAGACUGCAAGUAAUCCUCCGAUAGUAACACUUUAAAAAUAGCUACGUAGAAAAAAGUAACAAUGGGGGUGCGCCUCGGCUAACACAAAACAAAACAGAUGAGCGGUGAAGAUCCUCGGAGAUGGCAAUCGCUAUGACUUUGGUAACAGUUGUGCUUCUAAGAGAGGGCUAAUCCGUUAGUGUAACGCUAGACGAAGAGAACACGGCUAGCACACGCCUCCGUGGUGCAGAACCACCGCGCCUCUUCUUCUUCCUCUCUGGCUUCUGCUGCAGGAUCCUCCGUGCUAUCAGAAGACCAGCACAAGCGUGUAUUUGUGUUUGCAUGGGUGUGCGCGCGCCAGUCACUGGGGACGGUUAAGUCACAGUAAAUCCACUCUUCACGGUGCAGCUCGUCACCCACGCACGGCGGAGCCAAACUACACCCAAAUGGGAGCGCACGUAAUGGGGCGGCUGAUCAUCUCUCGUGCACACACACACACACACCCUCUUCCCUUUGACCCUAGAAAGAAAUCAAAACAGUGCCUCAACACUGCUGAAUACUGACGCUAUCAGUUCAUAAAACACGCAAGGUUGCACACCAACAUGGAGCAGGUCCUGUCAAUCAUUCCCACCACCCAGACGAGGAGUAGUUCUCCUUGGAGAAAGUCAAAUGAGACCGGAGUGUGUCAAAAGCGUGAGCAGUCUCGUUGUUUUUGCAGCUAGCCCCCCCCGCCCCCCCUUCCCUAAGCUAAGGUGUAAUGGUGAGCCCAACAGUCGCCAAAAUAAACUGUUAAAAAAAAACGAAACAAAAAUGUGCAAAAUCCCUGCUUAGUAACACGCACUCAUCCACAGAGUAUAAACACAUCGCAGUGUCUCUAGCAUUCUAUCUCCAGUAAGUGACGGAAAAGCCCACUGGAAGAUACACAGUGUAAAAGCACUAAUAUGUGCAACCACAUAUAUACGUAUACCCCCCCCCCUCUCACACACACACACACACACACACACAUCUGCUGACAGGGCUUAUAAAAGAUUAGCUCUGGAGACGAGAUAAGAUCCCGGCGUUAGUAUAGUCAGGCUUCUGUCACUCCACAGAAGAAAGGAGCAGUCCUACAGGAAGGGAGGUGGGUGAGAGACAAGUGGACCCGCCCACCCGUAAACACCCCUGCUACUCUCUGGUCAGUGUCGGAUGGAAAUGGAACCCACGGGACGAGGCAGCUUGUAGCACAGAUAAAAAAGAGGAAGUGUGGUAAUGUUAAAAGGAUGUCACAUGUCAUCUACGACCUCGCUGGAAGUUGCUUAGAAAAGGGCUAAAUGGGACGAGACAUCUUGUUCAGGAAGGGGGGGAGAAGAAGACGGUGUGGGGGUUAGAUGCCGCCCCUCACAAGAGGAACGGGUUGGUGGCUCCGGUGGGCUGAGCCCCAGUCUGGGGCGGCAUGCUUAUCAGGGGUUGAGGCAUGGACAUGGAGGCGGGAAUCCCUGCGCUUGUGCCCAUGCCACCCAUGGCGCCGAUCCCCAUUCCGGGCAACGGGUGGCCCACAGGGGCCAUGCCCGCCAACGGGACCAUGGUGACGGGUUGGGUGGGUAAGGAGGACAUGGCCAAAGAAUCGCCCAUGCCGGCAGCGAACCCGGAAGGCAUGGGGCUGACCCGCA